CGCGCGGCGGACGGGCGCAGCGCAGCACCGCGCCGCCCGGUCACCUUCGGCGGCGCCGCCGCCGCUGCCGCCGCCAUGUUGUUCCUGCCGGACGAGGCGCGCUCGCUGCCUCCGCCGCCGCUCGUCAACAAGGGCUCGGUGUGGCUGGGCUUUGCCGGCUGGACGGCGGCGCUGCUGGACAACGGCUUCAACCACCGGCCUGUCAUCCGAGCCGGUGUUCACCGCCAGAUUCUGUUUACGACUGUGGGCUGGUUUGUUGGAUAUUUUCUGACUAAGCAUACAGAAUAUAUACAUGCUAAACGUGACAGAGAGUUGUUCGAGUAUGUAAAGCAACAUCCUGAAGACUUUAAGGCAACAGAAAAGAAAAGAAUAGGAGAGCUUUUGGAGGAUUUCCAUCCUGUUCGCUGAGGAUUUCUUCAGCUGCUAUGAGCCUGUGUCACAAGAUGCAGUCCGCUGAACCAGUUCCAUACUGGUAACAUAAACAGGCUGUAUGUUAGUAAGUGUUCAAAUGCACAUGGCUUGGAAAAAACAAUUACUCUCUUUCAUAAAAUUAAAGUUAUGAUUAAAUACA